UGUAACGUAACAAAAUGUGGAAAAGGUCAAGGGGUCUGAAUACUUUCCGAAUGCACAGUAAUGGACCCCAAUAGUUGAAGCAUAGAGCUACCGCCCCACUAAUGACUUUUCAUUCUCAUAUGGUCUCUUAAUCCUGGAUCCAGGACCUACAUGGGACCAUCUAGGCUUUAACAAUGACCAUGUUUAAAUCCAGCACUUUAUACGUUUUUGGGUACAGAUUUCCACCCAUGGCUAGUAAGGAAUUCAACAAAUUAACUCCAUUUAAAAUCAAGUCAAAAAGUAAAAUAUUACCAAAUAACGUAUGUAACUGACUACAUUGUAGUUUCCCAAACAAAAACACUGCUGUGGUAAAGUUCUCUCCCUAGCCAAGAGACAGAAGGUUUUAGUAGGAAAUUGUAUUUGCGCUAUCCCUACAUGGACACCUAAGUUCCUCCAUCGCUGUUUAAAGGGCUCAUGGUAGGUUUGAGGAAAGUAAACACAGGGACUAGGCUAUGUCUGCUGUUAUAGUGACUACCUCUCUCCUCUGGUCACACAAUAUACUGUUCCUCAAAGCAAACUGAUCUGUGCUGGUUGGUGUUACACACAACCAGCCAUACUGAUUGAUACAGACAGUACAACCUAAUGCUUCAACGUGUGUUGUAAAUACCUGUACUGUAGAAGGCAAUGCCCAACUCAAAUUUGUACUGGUAUUUUGAAUUGCAUAUAUAUAUAUAUAUAUAUAUAUAUAUAUAUAUUUAUUAUUAUUAUUAUUUUUUUUUCAAAGAAUGCUGCAUGCUGGCAGAUCAGUUGUGUGUUUUGGAUUGGUUGUAGUUGGAAGGGUAAAAUACCAUGACCCCAACUCUUAUUACAUACUUCAUUUAACAGAGGGCUAAUGUGGGAUAUUUUUUACGAUAGAUAUGCAGAGGAUGGCGAAGUAAAAUUGCCUCAAAGCAAGCAAUGCAUUUUAAAUGGAGGCAUUUUGUAUAUUUGACUUUACUUGCAAUGAGGCACCUUCAUGUAUGCUGUAAAACAUAAACUGCCACUUUCUGCGUGAUGGUGGUAGAUACUGGACAUGAUCAGAAAAUAUGCACUUUGUACGACAAGCCAUCAAUGAACUCUCUUUGUACAGGAACAUCUGACAUUUCAGACUACAUGCUUCUACGACAUGCAUGAUUUUAGUACAGCCGAUUGCCCGAUUGUUCCCUAAUCCCUUGGAAUGAAUGGAGAAUGUUGGGGAUUAUGUUCGAUUGGAGCUGGGAAGGGUUGGUUGUGGUUAACGCCUUAUUCUGCUGUCGCCUUAUUCUGCCUUGGACCUGUAGAUUGCCUGCCUCUGCUGCAGCUGUGACUUGUUCAUCUCUCUCUGUCCUCCAUUGUUCUGUGUCUCCCUGUCUCAGUCUGUUCAUACUGUAUGUCUGGGUCUGCUGGAUAGGACCAGGUUGGGUGACACCCUCAGACAAAGGGUUGUGGAUUCUGUUUCCCCAAAAAUGAAAUGUUUAUCUGAUAGAUAUACUUUUGGGAGAUAAUGCCAUGUUACAUUUACAUAUCUCAGCCAUCGCCCCUUACAAUGCAUUUAGAAUUUAUAAUUGAAAUAUAUUGGGAAUUUAGCCUACCGCUGUAGCUCAAUCGAUUAUCUCAGCGGGUGUAUUUAAGACUUCAGUUUGAGUUUACGCUGAGCCAAUAAGGAAACCACUGUCAGAAAAUUGUUGGGUCAUUCACCACAAUAAUUUAAUAUCUAGAUGUUCCGACAUACUGUAGUUUCUGAUGUGUAUGGGGGCAUGCAGCGGUCCUAUAUCACCCGCACCAUUCUGUCAGUAUUGGUGUAGUUUGUGUUUGUAUGUUGACAAGUGAAAACGAUGUGUGUGAAUGACAAUCUGUAUUCCCAUCCUCAAUCUAGUAUCAUUGUAAACAAGCCAAAUAUUGAAGCCUAAAUUCUGUAUUGAACUAUACAACUUUUAAAUUAAAAAAAUUAUAUAUAUAAAAAAAAUAUAUACGUUUCAAUUUAUUUUUGUAUUAUCUCUUUUGGAUGCAAUGACCAAUGUAAUUCCGUCUAAGUUUCCGGUAGGACCAAUAAUAGAGUAGCACAAUAUUUUAGACAAAUAUCCGUAGUUAAGUGCUGCGACCACUGGCUGGGACAGCGUCGUGUCUUGUUAUGAAAUGGUAAAUGACGUCAGAUGACCUUAGUUGGAUGGCUGCUUUAAAAUUUCGUCUGGCACGGUCUAAUUUUCUUCGCUCAGCUAUUUUCGUCGUAGUUAGAUACUUCUCCACUGUCGGGAUGGACGGCAUGGUUCUGGCGGUCAGUCGUUCACCGCUAGAGCGUCUCGAGUUUGACAACGUCGUACUCAAGAAACUUCUGCUGGAUACAUCAGAAGAGCCUGGACCGUGAAGGGUGGAAAGAGCCUGUUUCUCCCGAGUAAAGCCGCAGCCAGUGGUCAAGCCUAGGUUCGUGGCUGUCUCUAAUGACGCUUUGGCUUUGCUUGGGCUGAACGCCGAGAAGGUUCUGAACGACCCGCUUGGCCCAAAGUAUCUGAGUGGCUCCAAAGUAAUGGCAGGGUCCGAGCCUGCCUGCUACUGCGGUCACCAGUUCGGCUCGUUCGCCAGACGAGGGGACGAGGCAGCCUGCUAUCUGGGUGAUGUAAAGGCUCCAGCUGACCAGAGGCCAGAGCUGCUGCGGGAGAACCCCAGUGGCGGGUGGGAGAUUCAGGUCAAGGGAGCUGGUCUGACUCCCUACUCCAGACAAGCUGACGGCCGUAAGGUGCUGUGCUCCAGUAUCAGAGAGUUUCUGUUCAGCGAGGCGGUGUUCGCUCUGGGGGUGCCCACUACCAGGGCAGGGUCACUGGUGACCUCCGACAGCAAGGUGGUACGAGACGUGUACUACAGCGGGUACCCCACCAAAGAGAGGUGCUCUGUGGUCCUCCGCAUCGCACCCACCUUUAUCAGAUUCGGGUCCUUUGAGAUCUUUAAGGUGGCUGAUGAGAACACAGGCUGGCAGGGACCCAGCUAUGGCCAUGAUGAGAUCAGAGGUCAGAUGAUGGAUUAUGUCAUAGAGAGCUUCUACUCAGAGAUCCAGCAGAACCACACAGACAGAGUGGAGAGGAAUGUGUCAUUCUUCAGAGAGGUAAUCAUGGACACCACUAGGCUGGUGGCCCAGUGGCAGUGUGUGGGCUUCUGCCAUGGAGUCCUCAUGGACAGGUACAGUAAUUUACAGAUCUGGCUUUACACUGUCUAUUUCUUCCUCUCGCUUGUCUGCAGGUUUGAUCCUGACUUCAUCUGCAACGCCUCAGAUAACUCAGGCCGCUACACCUAUCAGGCCCAGCCGGCCAUCCGCUGGAACCUGGCUCCUCACCUGGCCGAGGCCCUGGACCCAGAGCUGCCCUCAGGCCGGGCGGAGUCUGUCCUGGAUGAGUACCUGCCCCUCUACAACACCUUCUACCCGGACAACAUGAGGAGGAAGCUGGGUCUGCUGAGGAAGGAAGAGCCAGAGGAUGAGAUGCUGAUCACUGAGCUGCUGCAGACCAUGUACAACACAGGUGCAGACUUCACUAACAUGUUUUGCUGUCUGAGCCAGAUUCCCUUUCCCACUGAGGGCAACGCGGAGGAAGAGGAAGGAGUCAUCAAAAUGGCAAUCCUCUUCCUGGAGCAGUGUGCCUCUCUGGAGGAGCUCAAGGAUGCCAACAAGCCCAGCAUGGACACACAUGAGUUGGCCAUGCUGCUGCAUUUGGCCCAGAACAACUCGCCCCUGUUCCAGAUGAUCUCGGAACGGAGGACGAUGGCCAUGCAGCUGGAGAAGCUGGGCCGGCUGAAGGAGCUGCUAGAGGCCGACGAGGAGGUGGUUAAGGCCAAGCACAGGGAGGACUGGGCCACCUGGGUCACCUCCUACAGGAAGCGUCUGGCUGGGGAGGUUGAGGGCCAAAGGGACGUCCAGGCACUGCAGGAGGAGAGAGUGAAUGUGAUGAACGGCACCAACCCACGAUACGUCCUCAGGAACUACAUCGCCCAGAAUGCAAUAGAGGCAGCCGAGAACGGAGACUUCUCUGAGGUCCAGCGGGUCUUGAAGGUUCUGGAGAAGCCUUUCUCUACCCAGCCAGGUCUGGAGCAACCGAGAUGGCUGGGCCAGGGGGGGGCGGAGCAGCAGGGGGCAGAAGCGGCAGCAUCCCGAAUGCGUGUUCCCUAUGACAGCAAGCCCCCUGUUUGGACCAAUGAAAUCUGUGUCACCUGAUUUUCGUAGUCCCUUCCCUGACAGUCUACCCACCCAUAUGUACAAUAGAGACUGUCACUCAGUCUUUCCUUCCUCUGUUUACCUAUACCUUUACCUCUCUCCUCAUACUCUCUUUACUUCGGUGGGUAAUGCCACGGAAGGUACAUUUAAUGAGGUAAGAUGCUCCUAUGUCAACCAGUCAGCCUAUAGAUACCCCAGAAAUCUGAAAUAACAACUUUUGAUCCAACUGAUAAUUACAUUUAUGGAAAUAUCAUCAUUUGUCUUCAGUUGAUCUAUACCAGGGUUCUUCAAUUCCGGUACUGGAGGGCCGAAACACCUCUGUUUUUCAUCCUCUCCUUCUAAUCAGGGGC